AUGGAGAACCACAGCAGCGAGCAAGCGGCGCUUCGGAUGCGCAUCCUUUAUCAGAUCGAGCGCGACUUUGAGGAGGAGGCAGCGGGCACCAUUGUCAAGAUUGUGCGACUAGAGAAGGAUAUGCCGGCUGAGCUGCUCAACUUUGUGCAGUGCUUCCGGGUGCGCAACGUUUUUUUUCGCGUUCUGCCAGACAGUCGCUCUGGCCGAAACUACAUCGCCUCCUUACGUGGGAUACUGCAGAGCGACAGUCAUCUGCUCUCAGUGCCGCUCUCCACCAUGUUCUACUACCGCGGCAUGCCGGUCCUAGCCCAGGCCCUAGUGCCCAUGACGACGCGGCCGAGGCGGCUUUACGGGGCAAAUUCCACCAACGAUGUCGAGGUCGAGGCUGAGCUUACGUUUAUCGCGGAGGCUCUCAACAUUCCACUCCCCGACAACAGCAUGGAGGUCUACGAGGCAUUGGAUGGGCGCUACUACGUCACCAACUCGAACGCAACGCUGACGCCGCUUUUUGUGGAUGACACGAUCAUGAAGCGGCAGGAGAUGCUGCGGGUGUGUCCCGAGGUGUCCGAGGGUGCCGACAAUACGAUGGAGGUGCUGGACGAUGGGGCCCUCCAGGAAACUGUUCUCCAAAUAUGUACCAGCUCCACUCCCGCCACUACUUCUGCCGCCCUCACACAGGUAUGUGAGUUCCUCCACGCCCGCGGUGUGAACUUGUGUCUUCUCAAGCAGUUAGUGCGCCGACUGCUAUUCGCCAGCAACUACGAUCUACGUGCGGUAGAGCAGGCGGUGCAGCUUCUUUCGUGUGAGAUGCUCUGCCGCGCACUGAAGCAGGAGUUCUACAUCGAAAUCCAAGGUAAACGCACGGCCUACGACGAGCUCUUUCUGACGCGCACCCUCUCCAAGUACUUUGCACUGGUGUUCGCUCCCUCACCGCAGUUCCGCGCCAAAUUCCUCGACGUGGUCUCUAAAAAGUACGGCAUCACAGCAGAGGAUGGAGACCUCAUGGACAUACUCGUCUCCUUCAGGAAGGAGUGGAAGCAGCGCAUUAUGGACCGCGUCUGCCACCUACUCGGCGCCACGAUUCGAAAGGAGAACGGUGUCGUGCACGUGACGUGGAGGCCCUUUGCGAACUCGUCCGUUAUACCGCGAUUAGUCGAGCCAGCAGUAGCGAUACAGUUGGCAGCGAUGUACAGCCACGUGCGCACGGGCCCACCACACUCCUACGCGUUCUGCUUGCCUCUGUGCUGCAAGGUGGCGUGCUGGCAGCGCAACUUCUCAGAAGCGCUCAGCCUUGCACACGAGGCUGCAACCGCGCAGGAAGCGCGUACCGGUCCGCUGCAGCUCAUCCGCCUGAUGAUGGAGCGUGUCGUCUGUCAUGUGUCCUUUCAAACGCGCGACUGGCCGUGUAUUCAGGAUGGGCGGUCGCGGUUCCCAGCAGUGCUAGCAGGCUACGAGCAGUGGGCUGGCCCCAAGACCCAGGGGCGGCGCUGCAUCGAAUACGGUUUUUGGCUCGUCGACGUCGCAGAGGCGCUGAUGGAAGCGCCGGCUGAGCUGCGCAGCUGCGUGGAGGAGGCCGCGCACUACUUCUACAAAGCCAUCGCGCGCCUGCCAGCCUAUUUGCGCAGCGAUCACGGCGCGUGGCUGCACCUGCAGCCGUACAUGGGCCUGCUGCGCUGCAAGAAGCUGCUGCCCUCAUGCUCUGUUGACACCCGCGCUCUUGUGCAGCAUUCAGUAGAGCUGAGCAAGUUAGGCUGGGCCUCUGAUUUCUUCAUCGACUACCUCAGGGAACUAGGCCGGCAGCUGGAGUACGAGGGGAAUUUUGCAGAUGCAAUUCAGGUGUUGCUGACGGCAAUCUCACUCUCGAAGGAGAAGCCCACCUUUACGGCCGAUUUGCACACGCUUCUCAUGGAUGUCGCCCACAUCUACCGAUCUUGGGAUCUUCGCUUGCACAGCGAUGCGUGCAUUGAGCUCACGAACGAAGCGAUACGCUAUGCCGCUCAGUACUACGGGGUAGAGAGUCGUGAGUACGGUGUUGUUCUUAACAACCGAGGCGCUAUCGAGAUCGAACUCGGCUGGCUCGACCGCGCCGAGGAGACGCUGCGCAACGCGGGCGCCGCCUUGAACGCUGCGGGCGUUCCACACGACGAUCCCGACUAUGUCGCCUACGUGCGCAACCUCAAGACGCUGUGGCGGCGACGGCAUCCCAGUCAGCCACCGCCUACGCCACUCUCCGGCUUUUUGCGCCGCUUUCCUUUCUUGGAGUCCGCCUGCAAAGACGUCCCAUGGGAUGACGUUCGGCCUCUUGAGGACAGUCGCUUUGCAGAACUGGCGCGGUGCCGUGCGCAGGAGGCUGAUGGGACCAACGAAGCGUACCGUCUGGAAGCUGACAUGAAACAGCGGGCCGGUGAGCUGUUUCGAGUUCUCUUGUCCGGCGCGACGCUCAAGCUGUACCCAUUCCUACCAGCGCAACUGGAAGGGGUGUACGUUGAAGGUCUUUUACUCACAUACGACCAAAUCUUCCUCGAGUUGGCAACUCAAUGGCACCGAGAGCCAGCUGCUUCUCCCGCCCGACACCUGCAAGAACGCCUCACGCUCGCAUAUGUAUCGGUCAAAGCCCGACGCACGGCAGACCGCCGCGCCUACGAGCAUAGCAUAGAGGACACGUUCCUAGAGGUUUUCGGCGCAUCCGUGAACGCGCUGCUUCCAGUGAAUUUCUCAGAAGUCGUAGAGGACGCUGAGGUGCAAUCGCUGAUGCACGAGUAUGAGCGAUUGAAGGCACAUAACGCACCUGCGGCGGAGUUGGGCGAGACACAGGCGCGUAUGGGCCAGCGUGUACACUCCUUUGAGUUGGAGCAGUGGCGCUCGCGCCAAUCAAUCUCGGCUUGGGUGCCGGACGGAUUGCUGCACUCCUGCUUCCUGCGAGACUUUUCUCGCGACGGUGCACUCUGUGACUUGCUAGCCGCGCGCCAACAUGCUGCACACACCGGAGAGAACGUGAUGCCGCAUGACAUUCUGGAGGCUCGCAUAGCGGCCCUGUGCAUGUCCAUCUGGGAGCGCGGGCAGCUCGAUCGUCUGUAUUGCCGUUCGGAAUCGCACCAGCUGCAACAGCGCUACCAUUUAUCCUCGCCUCGUGUGCAUCUUCAGCCUCUCAGCGACAUCUUUGAAGAUCUACUCGAGCCGUGGAGCGUGAGUUUGCACACUUUAGUCAAUACAGACGACCGGGAUCGCGUGGUUGCCGCGGUGCACCGGCGCGGAAGGCUGAAUACUGAUGCUGAAAACCUCGAGCAGUGGUAUCCGCGCCUCCGUGCGCUGCAGUGCCCAACUUGGAUGCUGGCGGGUCUGCCUCACCGCUUCGACCCAGCAUACCAACGUGAGCAGCUGCAGUGGCAAAAGAGCGACGGCAGCAACCGUACUGCCGUAUUGGCACACCUUUCCCAAUACCUGGCCUUUAUCGAGACUCGCGCCCAUAAGGCUCGUGUUGGUGUGAUGCGGUGCCGUAUCCGAGCAGAAGCGAUGUACCCCUUUUUAGACUUACGCUACGAAGGCGUGCAUGUCUUGGAUUUAGCGCUGGGUGAUGACCAAGUCUUUUGUAAAGACUAUGCCGAAUACACGAGGUUUUCCAGCGAGCUGAAGCUACCUGCAGGGCGGCUAAAAGCCUGUGAAGGUCGCAUGAGGGCAAGGGCGGUCGUUUUGGCGCAGCAGCUCUGCGAGCGCGAGGCAACACUACAGCAGCGUUUUGGCAGCUAUUUGCGCAGCAGCGACCCCCCUCUUCAGUGGUCCAGUACCUUUAUCGAAUACACCCCACGUGUUGUGCAGUGUGAGCAGUACCAUCUCACACACACCAUGGAGGCCAUAGACUCAAAAGAGGCCCGUCACGCCGCAUGCUGUGCGCAUAAGGUUCGCAGCUACAUACGAUACAUGUCACAGGAUCAGUUCCAGCGGCGCCUGGUGCGUGGGAGCUACGACGAAGAAAUUGCUGAGCGUUAUCCGUAUCUGACAGCGGUGCCUUUGGCCUCCGUUCUGCUGUCUACUCUUCCCUUCGAGUGCCGGCACAAGUUCCGCAUGCUACACGUGACACUCUUCGCGCCGCUGCGCGACACCGAGGGGGGCGUGAGGGGUAAUGCGAAAAGUGACAACGCAGCAGCGCCAGUGUCGGCGCCGCUGUUUUGCGCUUCUCUUAGAGCGUAUCAACACAAGUCUGUUGCAACGAAGGUACGCCGGCUGGUGGGCAUUGUCGAGGAGAUGGCUCACGAAGAGAAUGAGGCUCAACAGCGGUUGCAAAAGGCGUUCCCUGGUCUUCCUCACGCUAUUCUCGGAGUUCCGACGACGCAGCUGGUGUUCCCUCCCAACUUUGAGCAGCAGUGGUCCCUAGCGGCGAAGGAGAAUUUUACUGGACUUUCCACACAAGGCGUGUACUCCGCACUGGUACAGUGCGCCAUGUCUGCUCGUGCCCUUCCACUUGCACGGCAAUACCUUGACGAGCUGAGCCUUACAUCGCAGCCCUUUCUCCUUUAUACCACGCGUCAGUGCGUCUCUCUACGACAUCUCCCGCUGCGUGCCGAUGGAAAGUACUCUGCACUAUACAGCGACUAUGAUGCGCUCUUAAAACUAAGUCUACCGACGUCACCGGAGUGUUGUCUUCAACGUGUCCGUCUGGCAGCUCGCGCAGAUCAGCUUGCUAUGCGCGUCACCCGGCAGUGGGACCGCUUGCUCCGUCAGUUCCAGCAACCCCUUACAUUGAGCGACGACCAGCUCUCUCACCUCCAGAGACACCCAGAGAUACUCCGAACAGCGCCGAGAGCACCCAAGGGUCGGAUACCUCCGGAAGCAGGUCAGAAAAUCAUAGAGGAGCUUGCCAAUCACCAGAGGCAAGUAACAGAGAAGGCCAUCGCAGACGAACAGCUUCACGCCGAUCUGCCAUUCAUUCACCCAUCCACCUCUGUAGAGUACAUGGAAAAAGACUCAACAUUUCUCCUCCGCAAGAACGUUCAGCAAUCAGGCCGCCAUUCCUCGCUGCCCGGCAAUAAGGACGAGAAAGCUGAGCAAGAACGGCGCGACUACACCAUAGACAUCUCCUACGAAGCGCACAUCACACUUCUACGCCGUGAACAAAACGGUCUAGCUGAGCAACACCGUAAAGCUGAUGUAAUGCGCGUCUCGAAACUCACUGAAGAAAAAAAUCAACAAAACAUUAUUUCGCGCUACCCGUUCCUGCGGCUGCACGAGGAGGAGGGGUGGCCGGAGGCGCUUGUGGCGGACGAGGCGUUCGCGCGGCUGGCUGCGGAGCACGCGGACCUGGCGCUCGACCCGAAGAGGAACGCCGCCGCGCUGCGCGGUGUGGAGGACGCGAUGAACGAGUGUGGCGACGCCGUUGCGGCCGCGCUGCGGCACGCGGCGCUGAUGAGGGACCUGGCGUCGCGCUACCCGUUCCUGCGGCUGCACGAGGAGGAGGGGUGGCCGGAGGCGCUUGUGGCGGACGAGGCGUUCGCGCGGCUGGCUGCGGAGCACGCGGACCUGGCGCUCGACCCGAAGAGGAACGCCGCCGCGCUGCGCGGUGUGGAGGACGCGAUGAACGAGUGUGGCGACGCCGUUGCGGCCGCGCUGCGGCACGCGGCGCUGAUGAGGGACCUGGCGUCGCGCUACCCGUUCCUGCGGCUGCACGAGGAGGAGGGGUGGCCGGAGGCGCUUGUGGCGGACGAGGCGUUCGCGCGGCUGGCUGCGGAGCACGCGGACCUGGCGCUCGACCCGAAGAGGAACGCCGCCGCGCUGCGCGGUGUGGAGGACGCGAUGAACGAGUGUGGCGACGCCGUUGCGGCCGCGCUGCGGCACGCGGCGCUGAUGAGGGACCUGGCGUCGCGCUACCCGUUCCUGCGGCUGCACGAGGAGGAGGGGUGGCCGGAGGCGCUUGUGGCGGACGAGGCGUUCGCGCGGCUGGCUGCGGAGCACGCGGACCUGGCGCUCGACCCGAAGAGGAACGCCGCCGCGCUGCGCGGUGUGGAGGACGCGAUGAACGAGUGUGGCGACGCCGUUGCGGCCGCGCUGCGACACGCGGCGCUGAUGAGGGACCUGGCGUCGCGCUACCCGUUCCUGCGGCUGCACGAGGAGGAGGGGUGGCCGGAGGCGCUUGUGGCGGACGAGGCGUUCGCGCGGCUGGCUGCGGAGCACGCGGACCUGGCGCUCGACUCGAAGAGGAACGCCGCCGCGCUGCGCGGUGUGGAGGACGCGAUGAACGAGUGUGGCGACGCCGUUGCGGCCGCGCUGCGGCACGCGGCGCUGAUGAGGGACCUGGCGUCGCGCUACCCGUUCCUGCGGCUGCACGAGGAGGAGGGGUGGCCGGAGGCGCUUGUGGCGGACGAGGCGUUCGCGCGGCUGGCUGCGGAGCACGCGGACCUGGCGCUCGACUCGAAGAGGAACGCCGCCGCGCUGCGCGGUGUGGAGGACGCGAUGAACGAGUGUGGCGACGCCGUUGCGGCCGCGCUGCGGCACGCGGCGCUGAUGAGGGACCUGGCGUCGCGCUACCCGUUCCUGCGGCUGCACGAGGAGGAGGGGUGGCCGGAGGCGCUUGUGGCGGACGAGGCGUUCGCGCGGCUGGCUGCGGAGCACGCGGACCUGGCGUGUGACCCGAAGAAGAACGCCGCCGCGCUGCGCGGUGUGGAGGACGCGAUGAACGAGUGUGGCGACGCCGUUGCGGCCGCGCUGCGACACGCGGCGCUGAUGAGGGACCUGGCGUCGCGCUACCCGUUCCUGCGGCUGCACGAGGAGGAGGGGUGGCCGGAGGCGCUUGUGGCGGACGAGGCGUUCGCGCGGCUGGCUGCGGAGCACGCGGACCUGGCGCUCGACCCGAAGAGGAACGCCGCCGCGCUGCGCGGUGUGGAGGACGCGAUGAACGAGUGUGGCGACGCCGUUGCGGCCGCGCUGCGACACGCGGCGCUGAUGAGGGACCUGGCGUCGCGCUACCCGCUCCUGCGGCUGCACGAGGAGGAGGGGUGGCCGGAGGCGCUUGUGGCGGACGAGGCGUUCGCGCGGCUGGCUGCGGAGCACGCGGACCUGGCGUGUGACCCGAAGAAGAACGCCGCCGCGCUGCGCGGUGUGGAGGACGCGAUGAACGAGUGUGGCGACGCCGUUGCGGCCGCGCUGCGACACGCGGCGCUGAUGAGGGACCUGGCGUCGCGCUACCCGUUCCUGCGGCUGCACGAGGAGGAGGGGUGGCCGGAGGCGCUUGUGGCGGACGAGGCGUUCGCGCGGCUGGCUGCGGAGCACGCGGACCUGGCGCUCGACCCGAAGAGGAACGCCGCCGCGCUGCGCGGUGUGGAGGACGCGAUGAACGAGUGUGGCGACGCCGUUGCGGCCGCGCUGCGGCACGCGGCGCUGAUGAGGGACCUGGCGUCGCGCUACCCGUUCCUGCGGCUGCACGAGGAGGAGGGGUGGCCGGAGGCGCUUGUGGCGGACGAGGCGUUCGCGCGGCUGGCUGCGGAGCACGCGGACCUGGCGCUCGACUCGAAGAGGAACGCCGCCGCGCUGCGCGGUGUGGAGGACGCGAUGAACGAGUGUGGCGACGCCGUUGCGGCCGCGCUGCGGCACGCGGCGCUGAUGAGGGACCUGGCGUCGCGCUACCCGUUCCUGCGGCUGCACGAGGAGGAGGGGUGGCCGGAGGCGCUUGUGGCGGACGAGGCGUUCGCGCGGCUGGCUGCGGAGCACGCGGACCUGGCGUGUGACCCGAAGAGGAACGCCGCCGCGCUGCGCGGUGUGGAGGACGCGAUGAACGAGUGUGGCGACGCCGUUGCGGCCGCGCUGCGACACGCGGCGCUGAUGAGGGACCUGGCGUCGCGCUACCCGUUCCUGCGGCUGCACGAGGAGGAGGGGUGGCCGGAGGCGCUUGUGGCGGACGAGGCGUUCGCGCGGCUGGCUGCGGAGCACGCGGACCUGGCGUGUGACCCGAAGAGGAACGCCGCCGCGCUGCGCGGUGUGGAGGACGCGAUGAACGAGUGUGGCGACGCCGUUGCGGCCGCGCUGCGGCACGCGGCGCUGAUGAGGGACCUGGCGUCGCGCUACCCGUUCCUGCGGCUGCACGAGGAGGAGGGGUGGCCGGAGGCGCUUGUGGCGGACGAGGCGUUCGCGCGGCUGGCUGCGGAGCACGCGGACCUGGCGCUCGACUCGAAGAGGAACGCCGCCGCGCUGCGCGGUGUGGAGGACGCGAUGAACGAGUGUGGCGACGCCGUUGCGGCCGCGCUGCGGCACGCGGCGCUGAUGAGGGACCUGGCGUCGCGCUACCCGUUCCUGCGGCUGCACGAGGAGGAGGGGUGGCCGGAGGCGCUUGUGGCGGACGAGGCGUUCGCGCGGCUGGCUGCGGAGCACGCGGACCUGGCGCUCGACCCGAAGAGGAACGCCGCCGCGCUGCGCGGUGUGGAGGACGCGAUGAACGAGUGUGGCGACGCCGUUGCGGCCGCGCUGCGGCACGCGGCGCUGAUGAGGGACCUGGCGUCGCGCUACCCGUUCCUGCGGCUGCACGAGGAGGAGGGGUGGCCGGAGGCGCUUGUGGCGGACGAGGCGUUCGCGCGGCUGGCUGCGGAGCACGCGGACCUGGCGCUCGACUCGAAGAGGAACGCCGCCGCGCUGCGCGGUGUGGAGGACGCGAUGAACGAGUGUGGCGACGCCGUUGCGGCCGCGCUGCGGCACGCGGCGCUGAUGAGGGACCUGGCGUCGCGCUACCCGUUCCUGCGGCUGCACGAGGAGGAGGGGUGGCCGGAGGCGCUUGUGGCGGACGAGGCGUUCGCGCGGCUGGCUGCGGAGCACGCGGACCUGGCGUGUGACCCGAAGAGGAACGCCGCCGCGCUGCGCGGUGUGGAGGACGCGAUGAACGAGUGUGGCGACGCCGUUGCGGCCGCGCUGCGGCACGCGGCGCUGAUGAGGGACCUGGCGUCGCGCUACCCGUUCCUGCGGCUGCACGAGGAGGAGGGGUGGCCGGAGGCGCUUGUGGCGGACGAGGCGUUCGCGCGGCUGGCUGCGGAGCACGCGGACCUGGCGCUCGACCCGAAGAGGAACGCCGCCGCGCUGCGCGGUGUGGAGGACGCGAUGAACGAGUGUGGCGACGCCGUUGCGGCCGCGCUGCGGCACGCGGCGCUGAUGAGGGACCUGGCGUCGCGCUACCCGUUCCUGCGGCUGCACGAGGAGGAGGGGUGGCCGGAGGCGCUUGUGGCGGACGAGGCGUUCGCGCGGCUGGCUGCGGAGCACGCGGACCUGGCGCUCGACCCGAAGAGGAACGCCGCCGCGCUGCGCGGUGUGGAGGACGCGAUGAACGAGUGUGGCGACGCCGUUGCGGCCGCGCUGCGACACGCGGCGCUGAUGAGGGACCUGGCGUCGCGCUACCCGUUCCUGCGGCUGCACGAGGAGGAGGGGUGGCCGGAGGCGCUUGUGGCGGACGAGGCGUUCGCGCGGCUGGCUGCGGAGCACGCGGACCUGGCGUGUGACCCGAAGAGGAACGCCGCCGCGCUGCGCGGUGUGGAGGACGCGAUGAACGAGUGUGGCGACGCCGUUGCGGCCGCGCUGCGGCACGCGGCGCUGAUGAGGGACCUGGCGUCGCGCUACCCGUUCCUGCGGCUGCACGAGGAGGAGGGGUGGCCGGAGGCGCUUGUGGCGGACGAGGCGUUCGCGCGGCUGGCUGCGGAGCACGCGGACCUGGCGCUCGACUCGAAGAGGAACGCCGCCGCGCUGCGCGGUGUGGAGGACGCGAUGAACGAGUGUGGCGACGCCGUUGCGGCCGCGCUGCGACACGCGGCGCUGAUGAGGGACCUGGCGUCGCGCUACCCGUUCCUGCGGCUGCACGAGGAGGAGGGGUGGCCGGAGGCGCUUGUGGCGGACGAGGCGUUCGCGCGGCUGGCUGCGGAGCACGCGGACCUGGCGUGUGACCCGAAGAAGAACGCCGCCGCGCUGCGCGGUGUGGAGGACGCGAUGAACGAGUGUGGCGACGCCGUUGCGGCCGCGCUGCGACACGCGGCGCUGAUGAGGGACCUGGCGUCGCGCUACCCGUUCCUGCGGCUGCACGAGGAGGAGGGGUGGCCGGAGGCGCUUGUGGCGGACGAGGCGUUCGCGCGGCUGGCUGCGGAGCACGCGGACCUGGCGCUCGACUCGAAGAGGAACGCCGCCGCGCUGCGCGGUGUGGAGGACGCGAUGAACGAGUGUGGCGACGCCGUUGCGGCCGCGCUGCGACACGCGGCGCUGAUGAGGGACCUGGCGUCGCGCUACCCGUUCCUGCGGCUGCACGAGGAGGAGGGGUGGCCGGAGGCGCUUGUGGCGGACGAGGCGUUCGCGCGGCUGGCUGCGGAGCACGCGGACCUGGCGUGUGACCCGAAGAGGAACGCCGCCGCGCUGCGCGGUGUGGAGGACGCGAUGAACGAGUGUGGCGACGCCGUUGCGGCCGCGCUGCGACACGCGGCGCUGAUGAGGGACCUGGCGUCGCGCUACCCGUUCCUGCGGCUGCACGAGGAGGAGGGGUGGCCGGAGGCGCUUGUGGCGGACGAGGCGUUCGCGCGGCUGGCUGCGGAGCACGCGGACCUGGCGUGUGACCCGAAGAAGAACGCCGCCGCGCUGCGCGGUGUGGAGGACGCGAUGAACGAGUGUGGCGACGCCGUUGCGGCCGCGCUGCGACACGCGGCGCUGAUGAGGGACCUGGCGUCGCGCUACCCGUUCCUGCGGCUGCACGAGGAGGAGGGGUGGCCGGAGGCGCUUGUGGCGGACGAGGCGUUCGCGCGGCUGGCUGCGGAGCACGCGGACCUGGCGCUCGACCCGAAGAGGAACGCCGCCGCGCUGCGCGGUGUGGAGGACGCGAUGAACGAGAGAGCGGUGUUUAUCUUAGCGUUGCUCUCUGAAGAUCUUUUUCUGGGUCUAAUUGUGAACGUUUAUGACGAGGAGUGUGCGUGUCGUGAUGUUGUGCAGUCUUCGGAGGUUAGUGAGCGCUGUUAUUUGUCUUUUAUGGCAGUCGUUGAGGGUGAAGAUGUUGAACGUUUUUUGAUAUGUAGUGAAGAGAUGGACUGUUUUUCUAAUUUGUUCUCAUGUUGGAGAUCUUCUUUGUGUGAAGUCUCGGAGGCUGUGAGGUUGCGUGUGGUGGUGGAGCUUUUGGAUGUUGUGAAGCGUGAGUCAGCGGUUUGUGUUGACGUGUAUUCAGAGGAACAAUCUUGCCGUUCUGAUAUGUUACUAGAAUUUAUAGUUGGCGUGGAGGCGCUGAGGAGGUCAAACAUAGUCGCUGUAGAAUGUACUGCUGCAGAGAGGCUAGUGGACACUGCGCUCUGCAACCGUAUUAUGGCUGAGGACUUGCUGUGUGCGCGUGCCCAGGAGGCACUCCUGGAUUGCCAUGCUGCUGAGGUAAAGUCGCGUGGUUACGUAGUAGCUGAUGAGAGGGCAGAUCGUUUUAAUCUUGCUGUAGCUUUCGUUGUGAGCGACGAAGCAGUGUUACGCAGGUAUAUUCAAUCGAAGGAAUGUGUGUCAGCCACGCAUGUGUUUACUCGGGCGUCUUCAGAGCGUCAAGAUAUUUUGCGAACGCGGCACUCGCAAAUUAUUAAAUCUCUCGAGAUGUGCGUUCAGGACGAAACAGUGUCACGAAGUGGGCUGGAGCAGGAGGAGACAGACAUGCGCGAUGUUCUCGUCGAAGACGGGAAAAGACGUGCCGCGACCUUUUCAGCACUAGCGUCCCAGAGGAGCUUCUUGCUCCAGGAGGAGGUCCUUGCCCGCAAGGAUGUGGAGCUCCACGAGAAUGAGGUUUGGGAGCUUCUGAGAGGCGAGUGGGAGCAGUUACGGGAGAACCUGACUGCCGGGCAGCUUGCGGCUGCGGAGUCCUACAUGACAGUAGUGAGUCUCGAAGCUACUGAGCACGUACCACCAGUGGAAGAGAGGUCGACAGACGCACUUGUGUCUCUUGAGAUUUCAGUUGCACUUUUGCAGCGGGUUGGCCGGGGCCGUCUCCUGCGAAAGAAGUUACAGAGACGUUUGGAGAAUCGACGGCGUGAUAUCCUGAAACAGGGUGUGAGCCACAUUCUCGCGGAGGAGUUUAUGGAGAGGCGCACUAUUGUCGGGGAUGAGCACCUUCUGUGGCAAGGCUUGCGGAGUCAGUGCGAUCGUGCAGUUCCCCUGGUACGCUACGAUGACCCAGUUGAUCUGGCACUGCAGAACUUGAUGAUGGCUGAAGAGUCUGAGCGCGACAAUAUCCUCAACGACUACAUUCUCGCCCAUGACGUCAUUGAGCGGGCAGAGCACAAACAGUUUCUCAAGCAGAACGCGUUAGUAUGGGUCUCUGAGGCGCCCGACUCGUCUGAUGAAGAGGUGGACGAGCUGCUCUUCUCGGGUCUCCUACAAGGCACUUACAGCACUCUGACCACUCGUAGCCGAAAGAAUCUUUCUAGGACCCACUACAGGGGAUUCGAACUUGAUGCCCUCGGCCGCUUCUUGCUCGACUACGAGGAGGAUAUCCACAAGAUGCAGGCGAAACUGACCGACUUCCGUCACUCCGUGGCUAUGGUGCAUGACCAGCUCAAGUAUGCCCGAGAUCGCGCAGCACAGGAGGUUGUGCGGGGUGGUACGGGAGCCAUUUGGGUGCCUGCGCGCCCACUCCCCCUCGCAGAUCUCGUGCGGGGCCCCAGUGCCCAGUACGAGGGCAAGCGAGCUCCUCGAACUCAGUAG